UGGGGUUUCAAUUAGAUGAGAGAAUUCCUGGUACAGGUGACUCUUCUUCCUCACCUGGAGCUGUGCUGCCUGUCAUCCUCCAUCGUACCCUGUGACUCCUGGACAGGUCCUUCCCAUCUCCAUGUGAGACUGCAGUCUCGUGAGCAGGUGUGAAGACACGGGGCACUGCCUGCCAGGCAGCCCCGUCUUUGCCCUGAGAUCUCUGGGUCAGUUGGCUUCAGAGCACCCUGAGGGCAUAUUUAUGGGCGGGUGCCAUUUUUGUGGAUUCCGUGGGCAGGGGGCAUCCGUUGCAGCUUGAAGGUUCCUGUGGGGACUGGCACGUGGUGUGCCUGGCCCUCGGGGUGGGUGGCAGCCUGGGCAGCUCAGUAUUCCCUGGCAACACCGUCAUUAGGCUGUGUUUCCUUGUUCCUGCAGGGACCAGUGGACCAAGAGGCCACCUUGAAGGGGCUCUGGCAGCUGCUGUUUGGGGGCUGGUGAGAAGCCUGGGGUGGCCUAGGGAAUGGGUGCAGGAGAGCCAGGCUCAUGGGGCUGGGGAGGGGCACAAGGCCCCUGUGCACCCUGAAUGGAGCUUUAACCCCCACCUCUUGUCCCUCUCCUCCCUGGUUCCCACCAAAAGGGCCACGUCUCCCCAGGCCACCUCCACUGGUGAUGGAUCUGUACAACAUUUUCUUACCGAGGGCGGGCCAGCAGCCUCUGCACUGAGCUGGAGGAACCAGGAACAGGACCCAGAGGCUCCCUGCCUCCUUACCAGGCCCUGCUGUUUCCUCUGGGCGGUGUGGUCUUGGGCUGGCUCUCCCUGCAGGGCCAGCCCUGGCAGAUACCAGCACACAGGGAGCUGCGGGCCCUUACACAGCCACAGGGGACAUGGCAGCAAGGUCCUCUUCCUUGCUGGUAGCUUGAAUGCUGGCCUCUUUGAGCACAGCAUGGUGGUUGUGGGCUUCUGGGGGACCAGGAACCCUUCCAGAUGUCUGUGUGUUAUGGUGGGGCCAGGGACCAGAGGGGCCAGGGACUUGGAAGUGGGGCUUUGAGCUCCUGCCUGGGACCUAAGAGCGGCUCACAUAUUUCAUCUCACUGGUCUUCAUCCCACCCUCUGAGUUUCCCUUCGUGGUCCGAUUUUACAGAUGAGGAAACAGAUUCAAGGGCCAGGACUUGCUGGGACACAGCAGGCCAGUGGUUGAGCUGGGACUUUGCCGGGCCUUCUGCUCCUGGGACUGUGUUGUGGUGUGAAUGUCCAAAGCUCAUUGAAAUCCAGUCAUCAUUGUAUUAAGAGGCUCUCGCCACCCCCAGCGUCCUCCAUCUUGGACUGCUUGGUCCCCAGAGCCAUGAGCCAAGGAAAUCUCUUCUUUAUAAACCCCCCUCUGUGUGGAGUUCCAUUACAACAGCAGAAAGGGGACUCAGGCUGUGUUCUCUGCUUUACACCGAAUGCUUUGAGGGAUUGUCCAAAGAAGUCUAAAGAGGCCGAGUGUGUCCAGGGCAGGCAGGUGACCCACUGUUGUCAACAUGGGUCUGUUGAGGGCGAAUAAGGGAGUCGGCUGAUUCACGGUGAGGACAGCGCCAGCAGCAAACCCUGAGGCCACAGCUCCUCGGGGUCCUGGUGCUGACUUUUCCUGGGACUGCCCCUUCCCGUACUGCUCUUGAUUCCUGCCUGCGGAGAGGCUGUGUUAGGGGCGUGGUGGAAGCUGGGCGCCCAGCGGGGGGCUGCAGCGUGGGCCCCCACGGAGGUUCCUGUGGGCAUGCGCUCUGCACAGCGGGCGCCCCUGCUGCAGGCGAUGGGGUGCCUCGUCCUCACUCACUUUCUCCUCUUGAACUUUGCAGUUUCAUUUUGCCGUAGAAAAUGGUUUUCCCCACAGGGCAGGCUUUGGGGAGCAGAGAUGUGUGUUGCGGGGUGCGGCCUGUCUCUCCUGUGCUGGGGCGUGGCCGAGGUCUCUCAGUGGUCUGCAGUGGGCAGUGGGGGCUGGCUGCUGGCCUGGGCCUGUGCUCCCUGUUUGCGGCGCCCCCGACCCGGUUGUGAACUGACAGUGCCUCUGUCUUUUCCAGCCGGCGGUGGAGGUGGUCUGAGGCUCAGUUAGGGAGUGUGAAAGCAGCAUGCAGCCACUGUGCAAGGGCAAGUCCGAGCCUCCGCUCCCCCUGAGCAGGUUCAGCCCCACCCCUGUCACUGCGUUGUUCCCGAAGAGCCCACUCAUGAGCAGCCCACCUGGGGCCAGAGCCUGCCCCAGGACUCACUCCCCUGCACUGGGUCCGCAGGUGGGCACUGUGGAGGCCACAGGUCGCCCGUGCCCUGGCCCCUGGUCCGGGUGUGUGCCCUGGCUCCCGGGAGGCAGCGCCGCUUCCUGCCAUCACCUCUGGGGCUGUGUGUCCCCGUGGGCGGCUCAGCCCUGCCUCGCCGGAGGAGCCUGUUCCUGCAUCUGCGUCCUCUAGCCCCAGCCCUCAGGGGCCUCCUGUGCCCUAACUGACUGGGCGCGUCCAGCCAGCCAUGCCAGUCGUUUCCUCCCCCACGGAGCGAGCAUGGUGCUGCAUUCCUGCCCUUCCCUAUCCGGAGCUCAGAGUCCCUGAGAGCAGGUCAGACCUGUCCAGAGCUGCUGUGUCCCCACCACGGUGCCUGGGUCAGAGGUCACAGAAUGCGCGUCCAAAGCUGAGGGAAGGGCUGCUGUGUGUUUACAGCUUGGCACGGAGGCUGCUGGCCCUGACGUCUGUAACAAGAUGUCAUAUGGAUCCAUCACCGGUGGAGGUGGCCUGGGGAGCCGUGGCCCUUUCGGGGGACCCUCAAGACAAGGCUGUCAGCCCCUAGAGUGCACUAGAUGUUGGACCGAGUAUGGAAUCCGUCAUUUCCCCUGCCCGGCGCCGGACAGCAAGCUGCAGAACCCCUGUUCGGGGAAGGACAGGGAAGGAGAUCUGGGGCCGGUGGGCAUACCCAUUGUCCUGAGGGCCAGGAAGCAAGGGCCUGGGGUCGCCCCUGAAGGCAGCCGGAUGCCAGAGCCCACCUCAUCACCCACCACCGGCCUGAGGAAGGACCCAGCAGCUGGGCCCCGUGGCCGGAUGGUGGGGCCCGGCGCUACCCGGGCCAAGAAGAGGAAGCCCAACUUCUGCCCGCAGGAGACCGAGGUGCUGGUGUCCAAGGUGAGCAAGCACCACCAGCUGCUGUUCGGCACGGGGCUGCUGAGGGCUGAGCCCACGCGCAGGUACCGCGUGUGGAGCCGCAUCCUGCAGGCUGUGAACGCGCUGGGCUACUGCCGCCGCGACGUGGUGGACCUGAAGCACAAGUGGCGGGACCUGCGGGCCGUGGUGCGGCGCAAGCUGGGCGACCUCCGGAAGGCGGCCCACAGCCCCGGCCUGGGCUCCGGCAAGCCCCAGGCGCUGGCCCUCACGCCCGUGGAGCAGGUGGUGGCCAAGACCUUCUCCUGCCAGGCCCUGGCCUCUGAGGGCAUCGGGCUGGAGCCGCGCAGAGCCACCCAGGCCGAUCCACGAGACCUUCACGAGCUGUUUCAGGAGACGUCGGCCAACGUCUUCCAAAUCAACUUCAGCGUGACGUCCUUGGAGCAGAGCCUUCGGUCCCUAGGGACACCGAGUGACACACAGGAGCUUCGGGACAGCCUGCACACGGCGCAGCAGGAGACUAACAAGACCAUCGCAGCCAGCGCCGGCUCCGUGAGGCAGAUGGCUGAACUGCUGCCCAGCUCCUGCCCGCAGGAGCGUCCUCAGCUGGACCAGCUGAAAGCCCAGCUCUCGGAUGCCAUUCAGCGCUACGGAGUGGUGCAGAAGAAAAUUGCAGAAAAGUCCAGAGCACUGCUUCCCAUGGCUCAGAGGGGCGGUAAACAGCAGAGUCCCCAGGCCCCGUUUGUGGAGCUGGCUGAUGAUGAGAAGAUCUUUAAUGGGAGUGACAACGUGUGGCAGGGCCAGGAGCAGGCGCUGCUCCCAGACAUCACUGAGGAGGACCUGGAGGCCAUCCGGCUGCGGGAGGAGGCCAUCCUGCAGAUGGAGGGUUUGCUGGGCAGUGCCUGUGUGCUGGCCCAUGCUCAGUGCUGCUGCACAGAGAGGGAAAGGUGGACCUUUCUGUCUAGGAGCCCCCAGAGCAACUUGCUGGAUGUGAAUCAGAUCAUCAAGGACUUGGCCUCCAUGGUGUCAGAGCAAGGAGAAGCUGUCGGGUCCAGCGGCAGCAAUGCUACGUGCCGGCAGAGCUGCAGCCCCGAGCCGGCCAUGGCCCUGCUGCCGGGUGCCGGGCCGGGCCCCACGCCCCCGCAGCCGGGCCCCCACUCCAGGACCAAGACGCGCAAGCCCAACUUCAGCCCGCAGGAGACGGAGGUGCUGGUGCAGAGGGUGAGGCGCCACUACCCGCUGCUGUUCGGGACACUGCGGGGCACGCCCGCCCGGAAGCACCGUGUGUGGAACCGCAUCCUGCAGGCGGUGAAUGCGCUGGGCUACUGCCGCCGAGACCUGGGCGACCUCAAGCACAAGUGGCGGGACCUGCGGGGUGCUGUGCGCAAGAAGCUGGCAGAGGGCGCCGUGCCCGGCCUCAUCCUCACGCCUGUGGAGCGCGUCGUGGCCGAGACCUUUUCCGCCCAUGGUCCUCAAGGCCAGGGCCAGGCCACAGAGCCCCUGCCAACCGACGAGGAUGAGGCCCCCAGCUGCUUGUGGCUGCCCCUGCGGAGCCUGGAAGGGCCCAGCCCGUCUGAACCUGACCCCCUGGACUUACGAGGAGUCUUCCACGCACCCACCUCCUCACCCUCCCCACCCGCUUCCCCAGCCUCCACCCCACGGGCAGCCACACUCACAGGGUCCUUCCAGCCCUCCCCACCCUCCUCAGAGCCAGCACCGCCCUUGCCUUCCGGGAGGACCCCAGGGGCAGCACCUGAACCUUCGGCGUUUGAGCAGCGGCUGCUGGACUCCCAGCGGCGGCAGGGCGCCCUGCUCUCCUCCUGGGCCCAGCAGCAGAGCGCACUCAUGGCCCAGCAGAGCCUGCUACUGCAGCAGCUGGCUGAGCAGAGCCAGCGUCUGGCCGACGGCGUGGAGGCCCUCCACCGGACCCUCGAGAGGCUGGUGGGAGCGCGCCCCACCCGGGAAGCCUCACCCUCACUCCGGGACGGUGGCCCUGCCGGUGGAAUGGCCCAGGAGCCUGCCGGAGACUCCCAGGACAGCCCCCAGGGUGCCCACGCGGGGCUCGAGGUCUUCUCAGGGAUGAUCCUGAAGGUGGAGGAGGAAAUAUAGGGCUGGUCAGGGGUGCCGGCAGAGCCAGAGGGUGGGGGCAGGGCCUCCAGUCUUUCCCCUGCUGAGGCCAGGCAGGGGAGAGGUGGCAGUGACUGGGUCUCCAGGGCACUGGGACGGCUUGAGUCCAGGAGAUGGGAAGGACGAGAGGACAUGGGUUGUGUCCUGUGGAGUGUGGUGACCUUUGGGGAAGGGUUGCAGAGAGCCGACCUGUGGGGCCCAGCAGGUCAGGUCUACCCAGGGACAAUGCUCGGAGGCUCCCCCCGUGUGGCAGUGGCUGUGAACUCUGCAGCCCAGCAUCCCCGCAGGCAGCCGGUGGCAGAGACUGGGAAGAUGCACUUAGGAGCUCCUGGGCACUGGAGCUCUGGAAAGGGGGCUCGGCCAGGCCCUAAGGUCCCGAGUGUGACCUGGCUUGACUCCCGAAGGUCCCUGUCCCCUUUAUGGGCGUGUACACUUGGAGGGCCAGGCUCCUACGCCCUACCUGCUUCUGGCCCAGGGGAACCACAGCUCGUGAGCUUGGAAUAAUUUCUCUCCAAUUUUAUAUAUAUAUAUAUAUAUAUGCCAUAUAUUAUUUGGUACUGUAUGGGGCUGGGAUGACAUUUUGUACCUGCAGAUUUUUCUUGCAAAAAGUAUUUUUUUACAUGAGCAUAAAAUAGAGCAGGUGGCAGUGUGGCUGCUGACAAGCACAUGAGCUGGAGCCUGCUCCUGGGGCCUGGGGCGCCGCUGCUUUCAGCCUCCCUGCAGGGGCCCAGGCAUUUCCUGUGACUUCAGACCCUUCUUCCUCCGUAACCUCCUCGACUCCUGGGAGAUCCCUCGGUGGGGCUGCCCCGUCUCUGUCCCUGCACAGCAGGGGGCAGUCUGCAGCCCCCCAGCCUGGGCAGCUGUUGGGAGCAGCAGGCGCGGGAGGUGGGGCCAGCCUGGGCCUUGACUGGCUUGGGGCCUCCAGCCUGUUCCUCUGCCGGCCUCUGCGUGGCUUCCGUGGCCCAAAGCCUGUCCCAGGAGCGAGAUGCUGACAGGCUGGCCUGAGCGGGAGGCAUGCUGGUCCUGGGAAGCUCCAGCACAGCCGAGCGUCAAGAUGGCAGCGUCCCUGAGAGCAGGGAGAGGGGCCUUUUCCUGGUUUUGUGUUUUCCUCUGGGGCCAGCAUCGUGCCAGUAACUUUUGUCUAUGGAAGAACCCAAGGCAUAGCCACACGUGCAGCUGGCCUCCCUCCAGGCUCCUGACUCUGGGUGCACAGGUGCUGCUGUUGGUGCUGGGUGGGGCCUCCACUCUGAUGGUUCCACCUCAGGAAAGUCAGCCUUCCAUCCUGCAAAACCAGGUGACCUCAGUGCCACCACCUCCAAGAAGCCUCUUUAGAUCUUCAUUCUGGGUUCUUGUCCACUGAAAAUACCCACCAUAGGCCAGGCGCAGUGGCUCACGCACUUUGAGAGGUUGAGGCAGGAAGAAGGCUUGAGGCCAGGAGUUUUAGACCAGCCUGGGCAACACAGCAAAACCUCACCUCUACAAAAAUAAAGCUCAGUAAAUAAAGAUGCCCUGCACGGCUGACAGUGGCCUUG